AUGGAAGUCUACAGUGCUCGGGCUAACCCAAAAUGGGCCAAUCAAGGGAUUCGGCCCAAAUUGAACAACAGCCCUAUCAUUUUUGGAUUGGGCCUCUAAAAGGGCCCAGGCCCAGUUUCCCAUUACGCUUCCCCCUCUCUCUCCCCGUCUUCCACCCUCCCUGCCCUUCCAACUCCAAGCUCUGUAAAAAGUCUUCGUCAGUCAACGCUCGACCAACAGAGGAGCAGAGCAGAGCAGAACACAAGGCAGCAGGCGCUGAGAGCUCCCCGCCGAUCAUGAGGCUGCUCCGACUAUCCCUCGUUCUCUCCUCUCUUGCGCUUCUCAGCUUCCUGCCCGCAUCCUCCUCUCAGGACCUCCAAAUCGUCAAUGCGGAACGCAGGAUCGACUUGUCUUCACAUAUCAUCAAGGUGUUCUUGACAUUGAAGGUUGAGAAUACGGGGACAUCUCCUGCAUCAGAAGUUUUGCUUGCUUUCCCUCCAACACAGGCCGAUCAUCUUGCUCUCCUCAAAGCACAAGCAGUGAUUGGAAAACGGAAGAAGAAAACCUAUCUUCCCUUAGAUGUAAACCCAGCAGAACUACCUGAUGGACCCAAUGGAACCAAGUAUUUUUCCAUAUCGUUGCAUAAUAAAUUAGGUGCUGGUGAAGUUGCCACGCUUGAAAUACUCUACAUGUUAACCCAUUCAUUGGACCCCUUCCCAGUGGAGAUAAGCCAGUCUGAAUCUCAGCUGGUCUAUUAUCGUGAUAGCGCGGUAAUACUAUCACCUUAUCAUAUUAAACAGCAGACUACGUUUAUUAAGACACCAAGCUCUAAGAUAGAAUCGUUCUCCAUGGUGGAACCCACAAACCGAGCUGGUGCUGAACUGAGGUAUGGGCCGUAUGAGAAUCGUUCCCCAUACUCGUAUUCUCCGAUCAUUGUGCACUUUGAGAACAAUAAUCCAUUUGCCGUCGUUGAGGAGCUUGUACGGGAAGUAGAAAUAUCUCACUGGGGGAGCAUUCAGGUCACAGAGCAAUACAAGUUGGCCCAUGCUGGUGCUCGACACAAAGGCGUGUUUUCGAGAGUUGAAUACCAAUCCAGACCGGGCUCUAGUGGUACUUCUUCAUUUAAGCAUCUCUUAGCCCGACUUCCGCCUAGAGUACACUCCAUGUAUUACCGAGAUGAAAUUGGCAAUAUCUCGUCUUCUCAUUUGCGCUUGGAUUCUAAGAAGUCUGAGCUAGAAAUUGAACCACGGUAUCCUCUCUUUGGAGGGUGGAAAGCAACCUUUGUUAUCGGGUACGGACUUCUGCUGGAAGACUUCCUUUUCGAGUCACCUGAUGGGAGGCGGUAUCUCAACUUCACUUUUGGCUGCCCUCUUGUUGAGACGGUUGUUGACAAGCUAACAAUUAAAGUUGUACUGCCUGAAGGAUCACUAGACCCAUCAGUUGUUGUUCCUUUUCCCGUGAAUCAAUAUCUCGAGAAGAAGUAUUCAUACCUUGACGUUGUUGGAAGGACAGUGGUGGUUGUGGAAAAGGAAAAUGUUGUUCCCGAGCAGAGCUCUCCCUUCCAGGUUUACUAUCAUUUCAGCCCGAUCUUCAUGCUUGCCGAGCCAAUGAUGCUGACGUCAGUAUUCUUCUUGCUGUUUGUGACAUGUGUCGCCUACCUGCACAUUGACCUCUCCAUACGCAAGUGAUCUCCGUUGUGGGACAUCUGGAGGUAAGACUAGGUGGAUCAGUAGGCACAGAUAUAUAUAAAGCUCAAAGCUUCGUGUGUAAGUCGCUUCGGCAGAGUUGCAAAAUUCUGCAAAUCUCUCAAUGCCGGAGUAGGACAUUAUGAGCAGAAUAGGGGGACAAUUUUGUUUCGGUACCUAAAAUUCUCAUAUUAAUCUUUUGCUGAGAUUCUAGGAUGUAACCCAAAAUUCCAUCUUGCUUCCGUCCUUGUACACGCAGAGUUAUGUAUGUUUGACAUAAGAAUUCAGAAGAAAAAGCAUUCCCUUUAUUA